CGUUGUUUUCUCCCACUGUUUUCUCUUUUUCCUUUAAACCCCCCAAACCCUUUUAAAACCAAAAAGCCAUUAGAACAAAACCCAAUACUAAAUCGAAAAAGAGAUUGAAAAAUGGCGAGCAGCAGUUCAGUGAACUUAGAAGAUGUACCCUCCGAAUCACUCAUGACUGAGCUUCUCCGCCGUAUGAAAUGCGCCACCAAACCCGAGAAGCGCCUUAUACUAAUCGGUCCACCCGGUUCGGGGAAAGGUACUCAAUCACCAAUGAUUAAGGAUGAGUACUGCUUGUGUCACUUGGCCACCGGUGAUAUGCUACGAGCUGCUGUUGCUGCUAAAACGCCACUCGGUGUCAAGGCCAAGGAGGCCAUGGAUAAGGGAGAACUUGUUUCCGAUGAGCUAGUUGUCGGCAUUAUUGACGAGGCGAUGAAGAAACCUUCGUGUCAGAAGGGUUUCAUUCUUGAUGGAUUUCCGAGGACUGUAGGCCAAGCACAGAUGCUCGAUGAAAUGCUUGAAAAACAAGGAGUUAAAAUUGAUAAGGUGCUUGAUUUUGCAAUUGAUGAUUCGAUCUUGGAAGAAAGGAUUACUGGUCGAUGGAUCCAUCCUGCUAGUGGUAGGUCUUACCACACGAAAUUUGCACCUCCUAAAGUUCCCGGUGUUGAUGAUGUAACUGGGGAACCUUUGAUUCAACGUAAAGACGAUACUGCAGCUGUUCUCAAGUCAAGGCUAGAGGCAUUUCACAAGCAAACUGAGCCGGUGAUUGAUUAUUACUGGAAGAAGGGAGUAGUUGCAAAGCUUCAUGCAGAGAAGUCUCCAAAAGAGGUUACGGAGGAGGUUCAAAAGGUACUCUCAUGAUGAACUUUUCAUUAGGAAUGAUCUACUCAUGAAUAUUAGUUAUCUUAACUUACAAACCGUAAUUUUCGGAUUUUUCUACAUUCGGAUAUUCGGAUCCAUUUUUAUUUGUAUCUCAUUGAUAGAUCGGUCCAAAUGACCAUCUCAUGUUGGUUUCAAGUAUUGAUGAUGAAUGAUGAUAAUACUAAAUAGCGUAGAUUGACUACAAAUUAGUUUUGGAUA